AUGGCCGGCAACGAGGAGGAUGCGCCGAGUAACAUGCCUGCAAGCCUGCGUUUCUUCUCGCCAAUGACAUGGAAUGCGCCCGCCCGUGACAUGCGAGAAGAGCAAAUAAGCCUGAGGCUGACCGGGAGACCUUGCGCCAACCACGUAAUAGACGCCGACACAUCGUUGGCAGCAGUCAUAGCUACCCUUGAUAGCGCCAUCAUCAGCUCGCAAAUCGACGACUGGGUUCAGCAGUCCAACGACCUCGCUUCGCGCCUCUAUACCUUUGACAACAGCGAUGCCCUGUACGGCUCUGCACCACACCAGCAGCAGCAGCAGCAGCAGCAACAGCAGACAGUCUUGAGCUCGAGUCCAGACCAUGCCCUUACCGUGAAAAGCGGCUCCUCCAUGGCUCCCGCUCUUCUCCACCACUUCGACCCCGCCACCACCCCGCCCUCCCUAUCCUCUUAUGAUACCAGCACCAGUACCACCACCGCCAGUCACGACCACGACCACGACCACGAAACAGACGCAACACCUACCGAAACAUCCAUCAGUACCGGCCUCGCCAGCCACUUCCCCAGCGUCCCCCUCCUCCAAGAGAAUAAUGGCAUCCUGCAAGUCCCGCCCGCCACCGACCCCGCUCAUCUCCCUCCUCCCCUCUACGAAUGCACAUUCUGGUUCCUAAACUGCACCGCCAUCUUCUCCCGCUUCUCAGACUGGGACACACACUGCCUCUCGCAUUUCCGCGGUGAGGAACCCCCGCGCUCCGUCCAAUGCCCCCUCUGCGACUGGACCACCACCUCUCCCGACGGCACCCUGGCCUGGAAAGCACGCAUGCAGCAUCUGGCCCGCGCGCACACCAUGAUCGGCCACACCCUCCGCACCAGUCGCCCGGACUUUCUACUCUUCAAUCAUUUGUGGCGCGUGCGCUUGAUUGACGAUUACGAUCUCAAGGAAUUACAGGGCGGGAAUCAUAAUUUGACGCAGGGGUUGGGUAAUUUUGUGGAGAGGGGUGGAGGAGAGAGGCGGAGGAGGGGAGCGGAUUGGCGUGGUGGGAGGUGUGUGCAGCAUGUUGCUGUUGGUCGAGUGGCCCAAGUGCCUCGGUCGUGA